CCUGGGGACAGACCUUAAUUGAAGAAUCACCCAAUUACAAACAUCUUUCAGGAAGACAACGAUCCCAAGCAUAUCUCACAUCAACCAAGAAAUUGUGACUGAAUGAAGAGGGCAGUCGACAAACACAGAUCAAACGAUGUUGAACGAUUAUGGAAGAACAACCGAUCUCAAAAAUUACGAACUAUAUAUGUCUGUGCUAUCUGGGUAUAAAGGAGCUCCAUAGUAUGGAAAACACAUAGCCUAAUGCAAACUACCCAGAUAUAGAAGCCAUCCAUAAAUAUGAAGAUAGCAAGCUGGCUAGCUACACAUUGAUAAACGUAGCCUAUCUAGCGGCAAAAUAGCUACGAACCAUUUGGUGAGCAAAGUUGUAAGGUUAGCCUAAUUUAACAUGUCUGUAUUAUACUUAGGCGGACAGUUUCGUAAGGUUAUGCGGCUAGAUAGCCUACGUCUUACGUUCUGAAACGUCUGUUCCAGAUGUUCUCAAAGCCUGCAACCCGAAAUCGCAGUAGCCUACAUCUUGUCACUGUAUGCUGUAUGCAGCGUGCAAAACAGUUCAGUGGUGCAGUCGAACCUUUCGUCGAGUAUGAUCUUGAGACACACUUUAUCGAUAAUUGUUUUGUAUUACUGAACAAAAAACCGUACAAUUGGGUAAUGAAUAUGGCAUAUUUUAGCAGCAGUGGUGGUUACUUGAACUCCAGGCACAAUUUUUAGCAGGAAUAGUGAUUUAAGUGAACUUCAGCUGAUUUAGUUAAAUUCAGAUGAGUCAAUUCAGAUUAAUUAAAAUCACCCUAUUUUAAUUUAUUUUGCUGUAUCUGGGAUUAUCCAGGAGACCAUUUUUUUAAUAUCGGAAGUAAAUUUUUGCUUGACGUUUUCUGAACGGUUACACUAUAUUGUAUGUAUAUUGUACCUGUCCAUUCACUGAAUGCAGUUUUUAGUUUUACUUUACUAUCAGCAUGUGACGCAACAGAAGUCUAUGUGGAAAAUGUACAGACUAUUGUUACGUCAUCAAUGCGUUCGAAAUUUCAUAUAAAUCUCACACAAAAACAGGUAAAGUCACUUGUACCUUGUACGAAGUAACGUUCUUUUCGGCAGGACAACGCUUUCAACAUGUUAUCCUCAGAGACCGAAAAGUACGAUUUUAUAGAGAGCUUAGGCCGUGGUAUGUUCGCGGAGGUCGCCAGAUUCCAGCGUCAAAGCGACCGGAAAAUGGUGGCCGUGAAAAGAAUGCCCCGUGUUCACACGAGGCUUUGCCUUCACGAAGCACGAGUUCUCGCUGCUCUCACGGACGAGAAUGCUUACGAUCACCACAUCGUUCGUUUUUAUGAAGCUUUCGGGGACGAGUUUCAUGUUUACUUGGUGGAAGAAGUUAUGGGCCAGAACCUGCAUGACUUCCAAAAGGCAAACUCGUUGAUAAAGUUUAAAAUACGGGACAUCCGGACGGUUGUUCUCCAGGUGGCCACAGCCCUGGCCAAACUGAAAGACAUGGGCGUCGUUCACGCUGACAUCAAACAGGAAAACAUCGUGCUCGUGAACCAGCGCCGCGAGCCCUUCCGAGUAAAGCUGAUCGACUUUGGCUCCGCCAUUACUACCCAUGACCUGGCUUCAAUGUGGACGCCCUACAUUCAGCCCAGAUUCGUCAGAGCUCCAGAGGUCCUACUGGGCUAUCGUUGCACGGAAAAGAUCGACGUGUGGUCUUUGGCCUGUGUGAUGGGGGAAAUGGCCCUUGGUCGGACCCUCUUCCCCUCGCGCUGCGAGCUGGAACUGGCCCACAGCAUCUUUGGGAGCCGGGGGUUUCCCUCUGCUACGAUGCUGGAAGCAAGCAUCAAGACUAAAUUGUUUUUCGACCUUGUAGACAAUGGUAGGGGAGCACAUGAAUUGCGGGUGAAGCCCUACCAGGGAAGAGAACUGUUUACGGGGACACAGAGCUUGCGGAGGCAUGUGCCAGCCAACCUGGAGCUUCUUCAAGCCCUGGAGGAUCUUGCGAAAGGCUAUGAAGAACAAGAGCUCGCUGAGUCUGCUGACCGUAGGUGCCUGGUUGACCUGCUCAAUCGAAUGCUGGUUCUUGAACCAGAACAGCGGAUCAGCCCCAACCAGGCCCUACGCCACCCUUUCCUCACCCUGCAGCACCUCCAAAAGCGCGGCAACUACCGCUCAUAUUACAACUUUGCGCUGCAGGGGUACAGUGAGGCAGGUGUGACCCUGCCCCAGGACCGCUCUGACAUGUAUGCGGAUUCCUCUGAGGAGAUUGUCCUCGAGGUCCCGAAGAGGAAGAAGCGUUCCCUGAGACGGUCGCUGCGCUCGCUUUUCACGCGCCUUUUCACACGCCGGCGCAAGAAGCAGCCUGCGGCCGCUCAGGGAAACAAGGACGGCCUGGAGGGUUCCGCAAGCUGUGCCGUCCCUGGAGACCAGCCGGCCCAGAACACCGGGAGCGAAGAGCAGGCAUGUGAGGACCAGUGCCAAUCCCCGACUGCAGGCAGCAGUGUCCGGGCCGAGGAGUCGACCGCCCACGAGGAGCCCCCAAAGAAGAAAGGCUUCAUGAGGUGGAUGCGGACAGUUGCCUCCUGCUUUUCUGGAUGCCGGGGCAAGAAGGCUGUCGCCACAGAGGACAGCAACAGCAGCCUGUAGAGUUCUGGGUGGUGGAAAGCAUGACGAGGACGAAUGCUGGAGCUGAAUCAACUUAUUGAUCCACUUAUCACAUAGGCAAGAAAAUUUAAUCUCAUACCAGGUGAGGGCAGGAUGCUAGGAGUAUCCCCCAGGCAGAAAUAUGGUAAGAAAGAUUGGUGAGUAAAAAGUUUACCAUUUGCCUCAUCCAAGCAUCUGCAUGUGAGUAUUAUC